GACUGCCGGACCCUUUCGCGAAAAUUCACGUUGAUGGUACCGCACAAGAGUACAAGACGGAAAUAUGCAAAGCAUCGCUGGAGCCGAAAUGGAAUACCCAUUACGAUCUGUACCUGGGAAAGAACGAUAACAUCACGAUAUCCAUCUGGAACCAACGCAAGGUGCAGAAACGCCAGGGUUCCGGUUUCCUGGGUUGCGUUCGGAUCGUAUCCAGCACAAUUCAAAGGCUCAAAGAUACGGGAUACCAACGACUAGAGCUGUGCAAAGCCUCGCACGAUGAUCCGGAUCCGGUAAAAGGCCAAAUUAUCGUAUCGCUCAUGUCCCGAGAUGGUACCACUGGCGGUACCCCGUUAGCUAUCGUUGGUCCAGCGGGUGACGUACGGGGGCCAGAUGACGAUGAGGAAAUUCUGAAGGAUGAACUACCCGCUGGUUGGGAGGAACGUCUGACGCAGACUAAUCGGGUGUACUAUGUGAACCACGUCACUAAAACAACACAGUGGGACCGACCAACGGAACCAGCCGGUUCGCUACCGCCGGCUUUAAGUAACGGUAGCAGUAAUAAUAGUAGUGCCGACUCAAUUCCACCCGGUCCGUCGAAAUCGGCCACUAAUAAUAGUAUCAAUAGUAUUCAAUCCAGUGACUCCAGCAGUCGAAGGCACUCGACGGAGAUAAUGCUCAACAACUCCAAUAACAAGGAAAAUUGCAAUGUAUCCAAGGAUCGGCCGAAAGAUGUGGAAAACGGUAGUACAGGUAUAACCAAUGGUGCAAUGAUUGGACCAGGCAAUGGAGGUGGGGUUGGUAGACGUGACGCUAAAAGUCCCGCUCGGAUACGGGACGACAGCAUGUUGAUAACUCCUAGUUCCAGUACUAGCCCGUUGAGCGAGAACAAUAGCCCAGUGACACCGAAAUCUGCAACUGAACUAUCAACGCCACGGAGCCAAGGAGCAACCAGGGAUCCACAGUUGCUGACGGGAUUGCCAAGUGCAAUAGGUUCACUGUCAAUUGAUCCGUCCACAGUACGUUCACCCCAAUCGAAUGGCAUUGUUCCAAAUGCGCACAGCACGCCCACUUCUAACGGCAGCAGUAGCAACAACACCAGUAGUAACAACAGCAACGUUGCAAACGUUUCUGCAUGUGCAGGGGGAAGCUUUUCAAUAUUGAACAAUUCCAGUACUAGCAAUGUCAGCAACGGAGUCUUGAUGAACGGCUCGAUUGUCAGCAACAGUAGUUCUGUUGCAAACAACACACCGACCCAUGCUGAUCGAGACAACACAAGCAACACCUCGAUGUCGUCCCAGCAGCCGCCAGUGCCUUCGUUUUUGCCCGCAUCAGCCAAUCUCCACAACGGUAGCAGUCGAACGGCGGAUGGACAUCACAUGGAAGCGCCACCGGGGCCGGGAAGAUCACAGCCUCAACCCCAACAGCCAGCUCUCAACAGCACAACCGACGGAAGUCGGGAACCAUCGGCGCACAGAACGCGUCGCUCGUCGCGCAACACGGACGAAUCUUCUUCGCGUAGACGGCCAUCUCGAACGACACGACCGUCACCGGUAAUGCCGCCACCGCAAGUCCGUGGGAGUGCCCCUGUGAUACGACCGGCUGUUGAUCUUCCUCCUGGUUAUGAAAUGCGCACCACCCAGCAAGGACAAGUCUAUUUCUACCAUAUUCCAACCAAAAUGUCCACCUGGCAUGAUCCCCGGAUACCGCGAGACUUUGACACGCAAAAUAUCGCACCGGAAACAUUGGGACCCCUGCCGCACGGUUGGGAACAACGGAAGACCGCUUCGGGUCGGGUGUAUUUCGUAGAUCAUAACAACCGAACCACCCAGUUCACCGACCCGCGACUCAAUGGACACAUCUUGCAAAUAAUCCGAAAACAAGCACAACCUCCCGCCGGUCAGAGCACUUCCGCUGGGGGAUCAGCAACGGCUGGAUGCUCUUCGACGAAUCAGGUUGUAGCGACUGCCAUUAGUUAUCUUUCCGGUGCUGGUCCACAGGUAUCUAAUGGAGCUUUGGGAGCUGUCGCCGGAAGUUCACGGCUAAUGAUGCCACCGGAAGCGACCGCUUCCGGCAGUAAUGGACUGUCUGUGGAACCAACACCGCACCGGGUGCCACCUAACAACAUUCCCGAUCUACCGCAAGGGUUGCUGGAUGGUGCCGAAUCACUGCCCAAGUAUCGACGGGACCUGGUCGGAAAGAUCCGGUCUUUGCGCGUCGAACUGCAAGCCCUGCAGCCCCAGUCAGGUCACUGUCGGCUGGAGGUGUCUCGACAGGAAAUCUUUGAGGAGAGCUACAGACUGAUUAUGAAAAUGCGACCACGGGACAUGAGGAAAAGGCUGAUGGUCAAGUUUAGAGGCGAAGAAGGCUUGGACUACGGAGGAGUGGCCCGGGAGUGGCUACACCUGCUGUCGCGAGAAAUGCUGAAUCCCCAGUAUGGGUUGUUCCAGUACAGUGGAGACGACCGGUACUCGUUGCAGAUCAACCCUGACUCUGGCAUAAACCCGGAUCACCUGUCGUACUUCCACUUUGUUGGACGAAUACUGGGAAUCGCUGUGUUUCACAACCACGUGCUAGACGGAGGCUUCACGCUGCCUUUCUACAAGCAGCUGCUAAACAAACCAAUCACACUGAACGACAUCGAGGAUGUUGACCCGGAGCUACAUCGGAGUUUGACAUGGAUGCUAGAAAACAAUAUCAACGGGGUGAUAGACUCGACGUUCAGUGUGGAAAACAAUAGCUUUGGGGCACUCAAGGUACACGAACUGAAACCAAAUGGUGCUUCGGUGCAGGUUACGGAGGACAACAAACGGGAGUACGUAAAGCUGUACGUAAAUUAUCGAUUUAUGCGAGGAAUCGAGCAACAAUUUUUAGCUUUAUCUAAAGGAUUUGGUGAACUGAUACCCAGCCAGCUCCUGCGGCCAUUCGAAGAACGAGAACUGGAACUGGUGAUCGGCGGUAUCAGCAAGAUCGAUGUGAACGACUGGAAGACGCACACGCGACUGAAGCAGUGCACUCCGGAGACACCGCAGAUCAUAUGGUUUUGGCAGAUUGUGGAAUCUUACUCACCGGAGAUGCGCGCCCAGUUGCUACAGUUCGUCACCGGUUCCUGCCGGGUACCGCUACAAGGUUUUCGUGCUCUGCAAGGCUCAACAGGAGCCGUGGGACCACGACUCUUCACCAUCCAUUUGACGGCGGACGCUCCGAUUCAAAACCUACCCAAAGCGCACACCUGUUUCAAUCGGAUAGAUCUUCCAAUGUACGAUUCGUACCAGUUGAUGUACGACAAAUUGACGCAGGCCGUUGAAGAGACAUGUGGAUUUGCCGUGGAAUAGGACAAACAGGACAAUUUUUAGAAAACUGGUCAUUGACCAGUGGUCAACGUGAGUGUGUGACCUGACCAUACGUUACACACACAACAACAGGUUCAUCGCUUGGACAAAUAGAAAACGAAAUCAUAAGGGCUAAUUUUUCCUCUUUUGCGCUAGCGGAAGAGUGACUAAUAAGACCAAAUAGGGGGGAAGAAAUCGUCAAAUUAUUCCCCAAAUCGAGUUUUUGGGAAACAAUCUCCCGAGAGAUCGUUCUCAAACAAUUCGAUCCGAGAAGUCAGGGGAGUGUUAUUACGUACCAAUUCUUUACUAUUUUUAGCUCAUAUGAAAAUAAAAUCCAAGUGUUCUAACAGUCGUACAAUUUUACUCCCUUAUUGGAAGAUAAAUAACCAAUUAAUCAAAAUGGCCGAAAUCAAAGUGUUUGUGAGAAAAUAGCUAACAUGAAAAAUUAGAAAUGUUUCGAAUUUUUGCUAACCAUUAUUGCAUGAUAGUAGGGUGGGGCGGGGCAAGAUGGGUCACCUAAGGACGGACCAUCAUAACUUUGUAAAUACAAAUCGUAUUGGUUUGUAUUCGUCCACUACUCUUUAAUACACUUGUUAGCUAUGCCAAAAGUCGAUAAAAAGUUCAUUAAAUACAAAAUAUGAUGUUAAACAAGCAGUUUUUAAAAGUGAUCGAUUUUGCGACGUGAAAAAAGUGCGGGGCAAGAUGGGUCACCUUUUAAGUAAUUCACAUUUUCUCAACGAAAAACGUCAAAAUAUAAGAUUUGUUCCGCAUUCGUAUAUGCUCCAUAUCCAUACUGAGUAAACAAGAGCUACUAGUAAACAUUUUAUAGGUACAUUUAUUUGGAAUAUAAAAAACUUUACGAUUUGAGUGGUCCUAAGACGACUUGAAAAUCGAUGUUUUCACUAAAAAAUUAUCAUAAUUUUAUGUUAUAAUUUUGAGCGUUAAUUCCGCUUGAUUAAAGUUAUUUAUAAGAUAGUCUUGUAAAAAAAAUAAAUAACUUUUGAAUGCUCAAAAAACACGUUCAAAAUUGAAGGUGACCCAUCUUGCCCCGCGGCCGUUUAUAUGGAGAUUAUAUGGAAUGUAUCGCAUAAGAAAAAUGACUAAAAACCAUUUUAUUUUUUAUUUACAAUGAGAGUGAAUAUUUUUUUAAUCAAUGCCCCAAACUUUUGUAUAUUCAUGCUGGACAUCUAACAAAAUUAUUAACAUAAUCAAAACAUGAGUAAUGCGCCCGAACAUGGAACUGACCCAUCUUGCCCCGCGACCCAUCUUGCCCCGCCCCACCCUAGUAUCGUCGUCAGAAUAGCUCAAAAUAUUGUAUCACAUUUGCUCCAGUAAUCGAUAUUCUUGGGUGGAGAGUACUAUAUAAAAUUAUAAAUCGUUAACAAAUCAAUCGACUUUUAUAGAAAAUAUUUGCGUUGUCCCAAUUUUGGCGAAGCGAAAUUUAUUUUACCAUUUUAGAAAUGCAGAUGGAAAGUAGAAGGUUCGAUUCAUCUGAGUGAUAUUUAGUGGAACUUUUUAAUUUUUAUUCGAAAUUUUACAACCGAAAAAUACUGAGAUUAUUAUUCACUGGUAGUCGAACGAUAUGCGGUCUGAUUGUAGGUAAAACAAAUUUUCUCCAUUUUACCAAUCAAAUAGCAACGUAGCCUUCGUCCAGGUGUUUCCUAGGAAUUAAUAAAAAGUACGAUAUUAGAGCAAAAUCAACAUAUUUAUUGUAAAGAAAAACGUCGAUUUUUGAAUAUAUUUAGCCCUCUCUUUCAGAAUUCGUUCGUGUUAAACGAGGGUCACAACGAUAUUACACCUAGUGAAGAGUUAAUUUUAUUCUUAAUUCAUAAAACACACACAUCAGGAAAGAAUAUAAACUGUGUUAAACAUUAUAAAAUGACGAAAAAGGAUUUAAUGAAUUAUCUCUCCUAUCUUUAUAAGCAUUGAUCCUUUUUCUUUGUACAUAGCAAUUUAGAUAACAAAAUAGUUAGUUGUUCAUUCGAAUAUUCAGCAUCUUUAUCGUAUCGUCUACCUUCGUAACUUUUUUUUCAGAAAGCUAAGUGUAGAGGCACACAACGGUCAAUGCGAUAUGGAGGAUUAACGUUCACCUAAAGAUAAAAGGAUCUAUUGUCUAGGAUAGGCGAAGUGCGAUUGUUUGUAUAUUUUCUCCCGGAGCGAGUCACCUAACACUCGCCGGUAAAUAUUGGGCUAUAAUGUUUGCAAGCAAGAAGAUCUUCUUCAACUAUGGUGGCGAUAAUGGAGAGUUGCAAAGUCAGAAACAUUGUCAAUAGCGGGGUUAGAGAUUGGUCAGCAUAUAAUCAAUAGCUCGUAGAUAAACAAAAAACCAUAACGUAUAUAUUAUUUGUAAAUUAUACUGGAACGUUUUAUACAGUUA